CCGCCGCCAUCCACCAUGUCACGAUAUCUUCGCCAGUCGAGCCAGCUCGCCAAGCUGGCGAGAUUCUCGACCAGCGUUAGCUUACAGAGGACACAAAGACUUGUCGCCAGCUCCAGGACAGCUCCUCUGAAAGCAUUGUCUGCGCACAACGGCAUCCUCCCGCGAUACUACUCCUCCAAAACCCCGCAUCCCGAUGAGAAUAAAAGCUCCGACUCUGGAAAGCCAAUCAACCACAAUGAAGCAAAGCCAGAGACGGAGGGCGGACCGGGAUCGCAAAAGGUGCCCCUGCCACCUCUGCCGGAGGGCUGGAUUCGCCUGACCAAGGAAGAGAUAUCGCAGCUGCAGGCGUUUCAAGAAAUGCUCCCCGAAGGCCAGAGGCAGACAUUGAAGGACAUUUUGGUGGGGCUUCAGCACACCGGUGCACCGGCCGAGAUACGAGAUCUGCUGCAGAAGAUGCGCCAAGGACCUGGCAACUUGUCAAUAAUUGACAAGGGCCGGCUGAUGCGAUGCGUCUUCGUCAUGGCUGAACGAGUAGCGGAAUGGGAAAUCGAACAGCAGCAACAAGGAAAGAGGGGCAUGUUUGACCAGAACACCAAUGAAAUGAACGAGCACAACUACGGAGAGAAGAAAGAAGGUGCAGCCCAAUCACACAAGGCUUCCAGCGAUUCACAUUCCAACGAGCAAGGAUCAGACCCUAAGAAGCCCGAAAGGAACUCGUGGAUGGAUGCUCUCCAGACUGGUCUCGUCCUGGAAAUCACCUGGCAGGAGCUACGAAAGGCCUUCUUGGACAAGGGUCUUGUACAGAAACUUGUGGUCGUCAAUGGAUCACAAGUGCGCGUGGAACUGCACCCUGAUGCUGUUCAGUCAACAUCCGAUGGUUCUGGCGCCAGGAGAACGUACAUCUUCUCGAUUGGAUCCGUUGAGUCUUUUGAGAAGAAGCUUGAAGAAGCACAGGAUCAACUGGGCAUUCCUCCGUCCGAGAGAAUACCUGUCAGCUACGAAGCGGGUGGCAGCACUGUUGGCAACCUAGUUCUGGCAUUCGGACCAACGCUCCUAUUCAUCGGUUUGAUUUUGUGGACACAGCGGUCCAUGAGCGGACGGGCAGGCGGCGCUGGAGGCAUGUUCAACUUUGGAAAAAGCAAGGCCAAAAAGUUCAACGCCGAGAGCGCAGUCAAGGUCAAGUUCAGUGAUGUUGCUGGUCUAGAGGAAGCCAAGGUGGAGAUUAUGGAAUUCGUUAGCUUCUUGAAGCAGCCCGAAAAGUUUGAGAAGCUGGGUGCCAAGAUUCCUCGAGGCGCCAUUCUCUCUGGUCCCCCGGGAACAGGAAAGACUCUUCUCGCCAAGGCUACUGCUGGAGAGUCUGGCGUCCCUUUCUUUAGCGUAAGCGGUUCUGAGUUUGUGGAGAUGUUUGUUGGCGUGGGUCCUUCUCGAGUACGAGACCUGUUUGCCGAAGGCCGAAAGAACGCGCCUUGCAUCAUCUUCAUUGACGAAAUCGAUGCCAUCGGCCGUGCUCGACAGGAAAGCGGUCGUGGAUUCGGCGGAAAUGAUGAACGCGAGGCUACCCUUAACCAGAUUCUUACAGAAAUGGACGGAUUCAACACUCGAGAACAGGUCGUUGUCUUGGCCGGUACCAAUCGUGCUGAUGUCUUGGAUAAGGCGCUGAUGCGUCCCGGCCGCUUUGACAGGCACAUCUACAUUGACCGACCUACCAUGAAAGGACGACAAGAAAUCUUCCAAGUAUAUCUCAAGAAGAUUGUCACCAAGGAAGAUCAUGAACAUCUCAUUGGCCGACUUGCUACCUUGACCCCUGGCUUCUCUGGUGCGGAUAUCUCCAACGUUGUGAACGAAGCAGCUCUAAUUGCCGCGCGAGAGAACGCAGACGACGUCAAGAUGAUACAUUUCGAACGUGCAAUUGAGCGAGUCAUCGGAGGCUUGGAACGCAAGUCACUCGUACUCAGGCCGGAAGAGAAGAAGACCGUGGCCUAUCACGAAGCUGGACACGCCAUCUGUGGCUGGUUCCUAAGGCACGCCGACCCCCUCCUCAAGGUCUCAAUCAUUCCCCGCGGCCAGGGCGCUCUAGGCUAUGCGCAAUACCUACCUCAGGAUGCUUACCUGAUGAACACCAACCAGCUCAUGGACCGAAUGGCCAUGACCAUGGGAGGGCGUGUGUCUGAAGAGCUGCAUUUCUCCACGGUAACGACCGGUGCUAGUGAUGACUUCAAGAAGGUUUCCCAAAUGGCACGCAGCAUGGUCACUCAAUGGGGUAUGUCGGACAAGGUGGGACCAGUGCACUUUGAGAACGACCCGAACCGCAUGGUCAAGCCGUUUGCCGAGGCUACGGCUCAGCAAAUUGACCAAGAGGUGCACCGGAUAGUAGAAGAAGCUUACGCUCGAUGCCGAACUUUGCUGGUGGAGAAGAAGGAGCAAGUCGGGCUAAUUGCUGAGGAGCUGCUGAAAAAGGAGGUUCUCUCUCGCGAUGACAUGGUACGAAUUCUGGGCAAGCGACCAUUCGACGACAAUGAAGACUUUGAGAAGUUCUUUGGAGGAGGCAAGGAGGCGAGCGCUCCGCCGCCUUUCCCUACUGAGACAGACACGCCCAAGGAGGACCCGCCCGUGGGCACGCCUGCUCCUGCGUUUCGCGAUAUUUCAGAUGACGGAUCGGGCGUCAAGAGGUGAUUUCAACCAAGAUUGGAAGCCUUUUGACGUAAGAAACGAGCAUAAAGAUUGAGGAGGCAUGGGUGUCAGUGGGAAGAGGGGGGGAUAAGGGACGCUGCCGAGAACUUGACGACAUGUCCGGAUUGGCUACUGCCGCCUUUUUUUCCCGCCAGCGCAGCGGGAAACAAUCCCCGCUACUUUCAUGGCUAAAGACGGCGGACUGUGUUAUUUUUUUCUACGAGUCUCAACUCUACCGUGGGCACUGGAGAUGUUUAAAAAUUUCCACUGUAUGUAUUUUUACCAUCAUCAUAUUAGGGGUCUAGCGGGAAAAAGGAAAAAGGGGGGGCUUUUUUUGAACUUUACUGUGUACUUGUACCUGGAUUUAGAACCGUAGAUGAAUCUAAAGGAUGAAGAAA